UCACCGAGGCAUCUUUAAAUCACUGAGACCAAAGACCACAAGCAGUCGUGUUUAAAACAAGUUAAACAGCUAACAUCUACACGACUGUUGAAUGCUACAGAACAUCAAACGAUUAUUUUUUUAAGUUAACAAACAGAAGAUAAAAAUGAAAGUAACAGUUUGCUUUGUGCUAGCAGCUCUUCUGGGGAUCGCUUCAUGUGACAUUAUAUGUAUGCAGUUCAAACUAUCGCAUUGCUUCGCGGUAGUUGCCAUUCGCCACUUUAGUAAUCCAAUCUGUGCGUCAAAUAAUGAAUUGAAUGAUUGCCUUCGCACUACAGCCCGAGAAUGUGGUGUAGAAUCGGCACCUAUUGUAGAAGAAGUUCUUGCAAAUUAUGCCGAAACAUGCAAAGAGGGAACGGACAUGAAUAAUAUGUACAAAAAGCAUAAAACUUGUGUGUUUCAAGAUGCAGCAAUAGGAAAUGGCGGGUGCUUGCGACCUAUGUUGGCAGAAAUCCUGACUCUUGGCUACCCUAGCCAAACUCGGGAAUAUCAGGAAAAAGUUUUGAAAGCGGCUUGCAAGUAUAGCGACACUGGAAAUAAAUGCAUUGAUGACAACAUAAACAAGACUUGUGGAGCGGAAGCAGCUAAAUUCCGCCGUGAUCUCAGCGAUCCAUCUGUCAGGCUGUCCAAUCAGGCCUGUGACGAAAUUCAAGCCGAAACUAAUGAAAUACAUUAUGCCCUGCAGCAACACGAUGAGCAUUCUGUUCAUGCUAUGGCACCACACACCCAACAUUUAUCUGCUGUAGGAUCACAGGCUGGAAGUCUACAGAUAGCGUCAACCAUUGCACCAAGCUAUGACGUAAUUUUGAGUGGUGCUAGCAUCAGCAGCGUGUCAUCGCAGCUUAUUUAUGUUUUGAUUGCAACCAUUUUUAUGAAAUGGUUUUCUCCUUAUUAAUUGUUGAAUUUGUACUAUUGUGCCUUUUUGUUUUUGUUUUUGAAAUAAAAAAUUUCUCAAAUUUUA